AUGGAAAACAACAUUAAUUUCGUGGACGAGUCAUUAGAUAGUGACAGUGAGGAAGAUGACCUAAGCAUAGCUGAGGGAGAGGGAUCAAAAGAUCCCGUUGUUCUUUCUGCAAUUUUGGUGGAAGCCGCGAAUAUACUUCGACGCCGCGGUUUGUAUAGUGUUAAGGAACAUUUCAUGGUGGACCAGAACAAAGUCCUUGAUGCUGUCAACCACUUCGAAGAAGAUUUUCCUGAACUCCUGGAUGACUUUCUCACGGAUUCCGAUGAUACCGAAGCAAGAAACGUAAAGAUUCUAUUCGCAGGUGUUGUGAUGGAGGCUCUGGGCAAGCAAAGCGCACUAUACAUAGGAUCGCUUCUGCGCUUUGCUGAUGUGAUGAUCGCCAUUUGUCGCGCUCGAGUUCUUCCCGACAACUUUGACAUCCAGCUUCUCUCUACAUUUGUGAUGGAUUGCGGGCGACAUGAAGCGUUUGUAGGUAAUCUUUGUUUACCGGAAGAUGACACGAUAGCUUGUUUACUUGAAGCGUGA